AUGAUCAAGGCCAUUUUCUACAGCAAGUUCGACACGCAGGAAGGCCCGAAGGUCGUUCACCAGGUCCCCGAUGGAGCAAUUGCCCCCUCCAACACGGCCCCCUCGCAGCCUCUCUUCCUCACCUUCUCGGAUAUAUCGUUCUUCGUGAUACCUCGCCAGGAGCUAUGUGGGAACCUGAUUCAGGUAUGCACAGACGGAUACCGUAUUCUGGGAUAUCCGAUAUGCAUGAAGUCACCUCGAUACGACCGGAAUGAGUUCAUUUUCAACUUUUGCGUGGUACUGGGGGAAGAGGAUGAUUUCAGCAGCUACAAAAGCGUUGUCCAGAAACUGGCGGACCUGAUGCGUGGGCUGGAGGAACAAAACGGGUUUCUAUCUCGAGAUCACAGCAAAAGUGGCGAGGGGAAAGUAUACAGUUUGUGCGAGACACUGAUGGAGGAUUUGAACAACUAUUGCGAGUGCAUGAUCCCAAUCGAUGAAUUGAAUACAUUGAACGUCAAGCUAUUUCCUGUCUAUCCUACCCCACCCCCUGUUCGUGCCUGGCAGGUUCCCUUAUUUACGGUCCGCUACCAAGCGUUCCUUGAUGAGAACUGGGACCUCACAAUGCAGCGGAUCGUUCCACAUAUCAACGGGGUCAACAGUAUUCGCAUCAUAUCCCUCCUCGCUGAUACUGACUUCUCCCUCACAUGCCGCGCAAUCCGGCAUCUCCUUUACUACGGCUGCCUCUUCCUUCUGGACACCUUUUCAUUUUCCAGCAUCUACGCACCCACUGCACUGUUUAGCACCACAAUUGCCGCAGACGAGAACAUGCAGCAGGAAUGCGCUCGCUAUGUCAACACACUCUUCGCUUCCCCGAUGACUGCACCCUCUGCCAUCUCUUCUGGCCACGAUAAAGACGACGUCUGGCCACCGAUCGGGGACCCAACCCCCAGUCUCGGUAACGACAGCGUCCUGACUAGCACAAACGAAAAUAUUAGUCCCACCGCAACUCCCAGCCCAGCAAACACAAGCACACUCAUCUCCUCAAGUGCAGACCCCCUAGCAAAGCACCCCUCCGUAAAUCGAGAGGUAGUCGACGGUGUCGGCAUCGUGGAGCUAUACGGCAGUCUGAAACAAGGUCAGAGCGUUAAACAAUGGUAUCUCCAGCACAGCCGUCAGCUCACCCACAUCGACAUCCGUCGCUUCAUCACAUUCGGUAUCAUCAAGGGAUUCCUGUACCGAGUACACAAAUACGCAAUAGCAACAGGAAAUCCAGCCCCUCAGUUCAAAUCAGGAGCCACAACGCCGCGUUCCCAUUACCUGCCUACACACAGCGGGCCGUCUUCGCGAGGUCCUGGGACAGGCGCCAACAGCCCAUAUGCCUCCAGUGCGGGUGAUGAACCCGCGCCUAUCUCGCAACAUCAUCAUCACCACCACCACCAUAAUCGCAGCGAGGAUGUGAGGGAUCGAGAUCGUGCAUCUGUGCAUAGUGUGGGUCGCUCAGCCUUACUGUAUGAUGAUGACGAGGAGGAUUUCAUCGAUGAUAAAGAGUUAUCCAAGUACUUGGAUGGCAUGCAUUGCUUUGACCAGAUCUGCACCGAGCUAGAGGUCAGUGAGCGAGAGUUGACGGCGAGGUUGAAGCGCUAUCAUGGUGAGGUUCUGAUUGUUCAUCGUUGA